AUGCCGGCUUGUCGCGAUAAGCAGGGCUACGGCGGCCUUCCCUUCGCGGCGUUAUUAAUCUUGUUUAGGAAGGAGUAUGACUUACUAUGUCGAUGGUAUAAUUAUAUUCCUCCCUCAUUUUGGUCCUCAACCCAGAAUGAACCAGUUCAGAAAUAUGUCCAGGAAGUGAUCACUCGAGACAAAGCAGCUCAAAGUCUGCGACCCUCGUUAGGAGGCACUCAGCGAAUCAUUCAGGAGCUCCGCUCUUCAAAGCAAGUGAAAAGGAAGGAAAACCGUUACCGUGUAAUAGCCAGCCAUCGACCUAACUGUACUGAAACAGUUGCACCUGUCAUAAAUGGCGAGGCAUUGAUUGAUGGUGACAGAUCAGACCCCGAAGCAAAGGAAGAUGCUUCGCAAAAGGAGAGCGGCGCUGUUGACAAGCGUUUGGACUGCUGUGGGAAGUUCCAGUUGUUUGAUAUUGAACAAGAAGAGGAGGUGGGGGGAGACUCCAGUGGAACUGCUGCAAACCCACAGCAGAAGACUGAUCCAGAUGUGAUUCUUUGCAAUGCAGUAGAGAUGAUCCGUGAGCGUUUAAAUGUUUCUGAAGAUGUUAAAAAAGAGCACCGUGAGAAAGAAGAUGAGUACGUUUAUGACAUCUACUAUAUGGAAACAUCAGCCCCUGGUUGGAUCCAAAAUAUCCUUUCUGUACAGCCCUAUAGAGAAGAAUAUGAACUGGUAGAUGAUGAUCAAGUUCCAGGGGAAAUAUAUGAUGAUGAAGAUGACGAAAAUGAUGAAAAUAACUGGCGUAAUGACUAUCCUGAGGAAGAGGAAUUCUUACCUGAGGAAGAUGGUGAUGGAGAAAAAGAGUCUGAAGAGAGCUUCAGUGAUGAGGACCAAUGUUACAGGAGAAGAACAUGGAACAAAUACCGACAGGAGAUUCUACAGGAAUUUGGCUAUGAUGAGACCCAGGAUUUGGAUUCUGACUAACAGCCCUUUUUUGAAUGUGAAAUGCAUACUGAAGGCUAAAUUCUGCCAUUGCAGUAGAACCGAAAAUCCAGACAGCUACUGAUGGCUAUUUGUAAGAAUGUUGAACUAAAAAAAAAAAAAAACAAACCACCUUCCAAAAAACCCUGAAAAACCACUUUCCGAUAAAAGUUGAGCCCAUUGGGACAGUAGGAAACCAAUCUUUACGUGGAUGAAGUUUAAGCUACAUUUUUGCCUGCCUGGCCUUCUGAAACUGUUGGUGACUAGCGUGGUUCACCCUAAUGCUUACUGACUAGGCUUGAGUAUUAGGUACUAGACUGGGAUUCCAGUAAAUGCUAAAACCUUUUGCUAUCAGCUGAGCUGUUAUGAUCUGAGCAGCCAACUGCAGCUGGUAGCUAUUCAACAGCUGGGUAUGGAUAUGCGACUUCACAAUACAAACUUUUGUUCCAAGCAAAAGAUAGUAUAUGCUUUAAAAUAAUUUUUCUGCCCAUUCUGUGAUGCUGAGGUUCUAAAGGAAUUUUUUUUUUUUUUAAAUCUGUACGCCCAAGCAUUUGUACCUGUACUGACAGUACCUCUGCAUUAUGUAUGGAGGUACUGUUGCCAGCAGCCCUUCUUGUCAUGACUAAUGGGUUGGGUUUCACAAGUUCAAUGUGUCUGCCAUGCUGGCAAGUGGAAGUCCUGGAAAAGGGCACUCUGUCCUAAUGCUUUCUACUGUAUUUGUUCCUGAGUUUCAAGUUACCUUCUUUACAAGUGCUUGAGCAUAUGAAAUGCCUUGACCUGUCCACUUUAUUGCUGGAGCUCUCUCCAGCUGGGAGUAGGACAGUAUAUGUCAUUUAAAUUAUAAAUAAAGAGGUUUUGACUAAGUUUUCUUUACUUGUUUAAAGAUCACAGGAGUUGAUACAGUGGAAGCCAUGUCAGCAUUUUAACUUGCAUUUGUCUUUAAGAAACACUAUAAUGUUACGUGUUCGGACACACAAAGUAUUUCAGUGCUCUCCUACUUGAGUCUCCAAAAAAAAAGCUAAUACAAUGUUAGAUCUGUGUAAGUCAUGGGCUGUAGGUUACAGUAGUGAGUUUAGGUCAAUUAGUUCUGCCUGGUGAUGUCAAAGUAGUGGGGGCAAAAUAUUUUUUCCUUGGUUUCACAGAAAGGUCAAGGCUGUUAACUAUGCCACAACCCUAGCCUGUUAAAGCUAUACUGCCCACUAGACAGAUGUCUCAACUUGGAUAUUGACUUAAUUCUAAUCAUACAGAAGACUAAAGAGCUGUAUUAUAAUAGCUAAAUGCUAAUUUUCAUUAAAUACUGAGAAGACCCUACAUGUGCACAAAGUUCCUCAGCUAGAAUUUAACCAUCUGAAGUCCCAACACUGCUUCACAAAGGUAGCCCAAGACUGCACUUAAUGUUUGUUUUCACCAUCUACUACCACCUGCCCUUAGCCAUAGCUUUUGUCUAAGGUAACCUUGGUCAGGGCAUCAGUACGAGAAUCCAAAUAUUCUCACUAUUAUUCAAGUGGCUGAUGCAAAUGCAAUGCAGCAUUUGAAGUAUGCAUUGCUUCAGCCAUAUUCUCGUGAUUGCAAGAUUUAGAUCAACUUAAACCACACAAAAAAUGCACAUGUGGACAAACUCAGGUAAACAUUCCAUACCAAGAUAAAAAUUCCAGGUAUGUUUUUGAAGUAUAGCUCACUCUGCUAGCCAAAGAGGUUGGCUUCAUGUUACCUUUUGCUGCACCAAAAUUCGGUAUCAAAGUGUCCUGAUACUA